AUGUAUAUGUGGCUUUUUCUGUUUUUUGCUGCAUUGCUCCGCCUGAUAUUCUUCCAUCUGAGGUGGCCAUAUCGUCAAGAUGCACUCGUUUUUUCGGUGAGCGUGGAACUUCCAGGGGGUGUUAAAAGGAAGCCGGAUGACCGCCUAAAAUUGGACGGCAUGAAGCCUGGCGAGGAUUACGCGCUGAUUUCCCGAGAAGGCGGCCCCGAUGACGAGGUGUGGGCUGCUGUGUUUCUCAACACUGGCAGGACUAUCAGCUUGCACAAGAGCCCCGUAGUUUUCAUUUUAUUGUUCGAUGAGAUUGAAGUUGUAGUUGAACUACAGAACAGAAGAAUCAAGGGUACAUCUGUCGACUUUUUCUCGCGGAAAAUCGAAAUCCUAAUUCAGGAAGUCGUGGCAGUUGCUGCUGCAAGUGCAAACGCAGCGUGCUGCAGUGUGCAUCAAAGAAAACCAUAGCUGCGAAUGGGGAUUGUAAGCUACAGUAUACUACUCACUACACAUCCUUUCAUCUUCGCACGGCAACCGUAGCAAAGGGGACGAAACAGGGGCUCUUGUGCACUUGCAUACCCACGAACCACAUCACGCGAGCUUUUUCUAUCCUACAGAAUGGUUCUUUAUCUCGUGCAGGAACCGGUUCCCGUAACUGUGUGUGAGGGGAGAAGGAGGUCGUAAAUGGAGAUCAACAUAAAGAGAAUAGAUUCAAUCUAGUCUCUUUACCUUGAUAUUUGUUAUGAAACGAGUGCACAUCGAAGUCAAACUCAACUUCAAGUUCAAGUGCUGUUGAAAUAUGCAUGGAAACCGUGCUAGUACGUAAGAACCUUUCUGUGUGGUAGUGUCAGUGUCUUCGGAGACGCCAGCUGACGGCGUAGCGCAGCUGGGAGAGAUGGAAGUUCUGGUCGAGGGCACGACGGACGCCAAGCAGAAGCUGUAUGACUGCUUCCUUCUCGACAGCGAACUCCCCACAGCUGUCAGCGACACCCAAAGCACGGUUGCGCAGGACCUGACCGCACAGGACCAGCAUGCCGAUGAUCAGCAUGCCUGCAUGCGGGAUUGCACACUGGAUCGGAACUGCUACGGCUGGGCCUGGUUCGACUCUCCUCGUGAAGAUGGGGGCAGCAGGUGCGUGCGCUGGGGCCAGGACACAUCUAUCGACGUGAAAGCCGCAUCUAUUUACUGCAAAGUGAAAACGGGGGACGAAAGCGCAUUUAUUGUCCGGAAAAUUUUUUACUCUCCAGGGCCCGCCCCAGCAAUUUUGGGAUUCUGAUCACCUGUAGCCGCAAAUCCUUCGGUCACGCCGGGAAAGACUGUCAUGUAGGGCGAAGCCGUCAUGUGGGGUAAAAUUGUAAGGGCAGGAGAGGCCCGGGCGUCGGCAAAGGAUAAUUUUAUUUGAACUUGAUGGCACCGAAUCCCCCGCAAGGCGCAAUGAUGAAUUGACAUGAAAGGAUGGCCAUUACAACCACUCGCUGGGGCGGGAGAGAGAAUUUUCCUGCGUGAUACCACUGGGCGAGGACAGUGAUGCUCUUCACGGCGGUGCUCGGUCGGAGGGGUCGAGCGGCGCGAAAUGAUGUGACAAGCAUCAUUACUGAACCGUUUUCGACAGCUCUCAGUUUCUCAGCAAAGGAGUUGAAUUUCGGAAAAUGAAAAAGAAAAUGUGAAUUUGUGAUGCAAAUCCGGCGGCCUGGUGAACAAGCGAAGGUGUUCGGCCGACCGGGAGAUGUCCUUCGUCUUCACUUCUUCUUCUUCGUUCUUCUUCGUUCUGCUCCGGAAUUCGCAAUGUGAGUGAAUUUGCGAUACAAUUGGGAAAAUAAAUGCACUGUCGACUGUAGAGAUAGUUUGUCAUGCGUGCAUGAAUGUUGUGCUAAGCUACAUCAUGACAAUUACAAUCAUAUCGUCGCACUUUUGCAAUGCAUAACUAACAAGGAUGGGGGCAAGAAGAUGGAGGACGCCGCAAAGCCGACGUCUUUU